UCAAGGAAGUCAAUACACACCCAAGCAUUUAAAGCGCAAGGGCCAGUGGAUCGAGCCAUGCUCCAAUAAGGCAUUAACAACUGCUCGUGCAAUGGAGCAAUCAACGGCGGGAAGUCCAUGGCUGCUGCUUCUCUUCCUCGCCGCUGCUGCCACCGGCGGGGCUCGAGCCCAGACUGACAGCAAAGGGUUCAUCAGCAUAGACUGCGGGCUACCGGGGAAGGCGAGCUACGAGGACGCCACCACCACGCUCUCCUAUGUCCCCGACGCAGGCUUCACCGACGACGCCGCCGGCACCAACAUGAACAUCUCGGCCGAGCACAUGACGUCCCAGCUCUCGCGGCGUUACCACGACGUGCGCAGCUUCCCGGAUGGCGUGCGCAACUGCUACACGCUCCGCUCCCUCGUGUCGGGGCGCAAAUACCUCCUCCGCGCCGCGUUCCUGUACGGCGACUACGACGGCCUCGGCAGGCCGCCCGUCUUCGACCUCCACGCCGGCGUGAACUACUGGAUGACCGUCAACGCCUCGGACCCCGGCGAGGAGGUGAUCGCGGAGGCUCUCGUCGUGGUGCCGGACGAUUUCGUCCAGGUCUGCCUGGUGAAUACCGGCACCGGGACGCCAUUCGUGUCCGCGCUGGAGCUGAGGCCGCUCAAGAUGAGGUACUACCCGCAGGUGAACUUGACGCAGGGCCUUGUCCUCGCCCACAGACUCAACCUCGGCCCGGAAACAGGCAUCGUCAGGUACCCUGAUGAUCCAAACGACAGAGUAUGGACCGCUUCCGCACUGAAAGAAGGUCGGGAGAUAUCGACGACGGAGACGAUGCAAUUCAACUACGAGGUUCCCAUGGUGGUGAUGCAGACGGCGGUCACGACGCCCAACGCCUCCGAAAACAUAGAUCUCUCAUGGGAGCCCGUGCCUCAGCCUCGCGACCCGUCGCCCGGACACUUCAUCAUCACCCAUUUCUCCGAACUGCAGAUCCUCCCCACCAACGCCCUGCGCGAGUUCUACGUCAGCAUCAAUGGCGCCAAGGUGGCCAACAACAUCAGGCUACCCUACCUCGGGGUCAACAUGGUAUACAAUCAAGACGCCCCCUACCGGGACAGCCGCUACAAUAUCUCCAUCGGCGUCACCGCUAAUUCGACGCUGCCGCCCGUCUUGAGCGCCAUAGAGUUGUUCUUUUCCAUGUCCACCACCAACCUUGCCACGGACUCCCGGGACGUAUCAGCGGUCACGGCGAUCAAGGCAAGGUAUCAUGUGCAGAUGAACUGGAUGGGUGACCCAUGCGUCCCUAAGACGAUGGCCUGGGAAAGGUUGACGUGCAGUUACACCAUGGCCAGCCAUCCGAGGAUCACAAGCCUAAACAUGUCCUUUAGUGGUCUGAACGGUGAUAUAUCCCCUUCUUUUGCGAAUCUCAAGGCUCUCCAGUACUUGGAUCUUUCGAACAACAACUUGACGGGCACAAUUCUAGAUACCCUAUCUCAGUUACCUUUGCUGACACUUUUAGAUUUGUCUGGAAAUCAGCUCAGUGGAGCAAUUCCCUCUGGAUUUCUCAAAAGAAUUCAAGAUGGCUCCCUAAAUCUAAGAUAUGGCAACAACUCAAACAUUUGCACCGACAGUAAUUCAUGCCAUCCUGCUAAAAUGAAGAGCAAGCUGGCCAUCUACGUUAGUGUCCCUAUGGUUGUGAUUGUGCUAUUUGUAUCACUGACAAUGACACUCUUAUGCUUGCUGAGACGGAAAAAUCCAGGAUCAAUCAACAACACACUUGGACUUGAGACUCGUCGGUUCACAUACAUCGAACUCAAGAGGAUAACCAAAAAUCUGCAACAAGUUUUGGGCAAGGGAGGGUUCGGUUAUGUCUACCAUGGCUUCUUGGAUGAUGGCACUCAAGUAGCGGUAAAGAUACAGUCACAAUCUUCCAAUCAAGGUGAUAAGGAAUUUCUAGCAGAGGUUCAUAUAUUGACCCGGAUUCAUCACAAGAAUCUUGUCUCCGUGAUUGGUUACUGCAAUGAUGGGGAGCACAUGGCACUUGUUUACGAGUUCAUGCAGGAGGGAACCCUGGAAGAGCACAUUUCAGGAAGAGACCACAAUGGAGUAUGCUUACGUUGGAAACAUAGACUCCGUAUAGCAGUCGAGUCUGCUAAAGGGCUAGAGUACCUACACAAGGGGUGCAACCCACCUUUGAUUCACAGGGAUGUGAAGGCAUCCAAUAUCCUUUUGAACUCAAGGAUGGAGGCCAAGAUUGCUGAUUUUGGAUUGUCCAAGGCUUUCAAUCAUGGUAAAGAGACCGCUCUGUCUACGGAUGCGGUUGUUGGUACACUUGGAUAUGUGGAUCCAGAGUAUCAGACAAUAGGGAGGCUGACGACAAAGAGUGACGUUUACAGCUUUGGCAUCGUGUUGCUAGUGAUUGUUACGGGAAAGCUACCAACCCUGAAUAACCCGCAAAACAUGAGUAUCAUCGAGGGGGUGCAACAACAACUAUCACAAGGCAACAUCGAGGGUGUGGUUGAUGUGCGCAUGCAUGGUGACCACGACAUAAAUAGUACAUGGAAGGUUGCUGAGAUCGCACUCAAGUGCACCUCAAAGUCCUCAAUGCAUCGACCCACCAUGACCGAUGUCGUGGCACAACUACAGGAGUGCCUCAAGCUAGAGGAGGACCGUGAUGACGGCGACAUGAAUCAAGGAUUCUACACUUCCAUCGAUAGAACUGACCUGGACUGGAGAUAUGAUGCUUACCCUGUGCACCAUUCCAUGAACAUGAACGAGAGCAGAACUAUGAUGGAGCAUAAUUUUGGGAGGGUGCCAACUAUGGACACCGGUCCUGCCGUUCGAUAAGACUUGUUAGUUGUUUUCCUUUGGCAAUUUAUUUUAUGUCAUACUUUUCAUAAGAAAUCUCACUGAUAAUCUAGACUUAGU